GUCUGCGCAGCCCACGCGAGCGCCCACACGGCGGCCAUGGCUGCUGCAGACUGGGCCGCGGCAGAGCGCCAUUGCCAGGCCUUGGUGGACCAGUAUGUCGCAGUGUAUCCGCCGUGGCAUCCGAUCACCGGCCUGCAAAAAUUCACGCUGGGAGAGCUGAAG